UUAGUAACUAUUCGGUCAUUGCUUUCGUACGAGGAGGAAGUGCUGUGAGAACUUCCUGUGGGGUGAUAUGUGUUUAGAUUGUAGCGUGUGAUUGUCACUUUCGAAUCUCAUUUUACUGAAGGAGAAUCUCGCAUUAAGUCGUGAUGAUAUUUUCAGGUAUAAGAAGAAUAUCGUUGUUAAAUUGCAACGUGAGAGUUGCAUUCACUAGCACGUGGUCUUCUGUGCAGCCUGCUAUUGCGGACGAGCUCGUUUCUAUUAAAAACGCCGGAACGUGGAAAGCUGAGAGGAUUAUUACAACCAGACAGGAUAGUUCUAUUGGAGUAGAAGGACGAACGGAGAAAGUUUUGAACUUUUGUGCAAAUAACUAUCUAGGACUUUCGAGCCAUCCUGAUGUUGUAAGAGCAGGUAAAGAUGCUUUGGAUAAAUAUGGAGCUGGACUCAGCUCUGUUAGGUUUAUAUGUGGAACACAGGAUUUGCACAAAAACUUGGAGGGAAAGAUUUCAAAAUUUCAUGGCCGUGAAGACACAAUAUUGUAUGCAAGCUGUUUUGAUGCUAAUGCUGGUUUGUUUGAAGUUGUUUUGAAUGAAAAUGAUGCAGUUCUAUCAGAUGAAUUGAAUCAUGCUUCCAUUAUUGAUGGAAUCCGACUCUGUAAGGCUAAGAAAUUUCGCUACAAGCAUAGAGAUAUGUCAGAUCUUGAACAAAAAUUAAUAGAAAGUAAAGAUGCACAAAAAAGGUUAAUUGCAACUGAUGGAGUAUUUAGUAUGGAUGGUACUGUUGCACCAUUGCCCCAGAUUUGUGACUUAGCUGAUAAAUAUAAUGCUUUAGUAUUUGUUGAUGAAUGUCAUACAACUGGAUUUUUUGGGAAAACUGGGAGAGGCACAGAAGAACAUUUUGGAAUUCCUGGACGUGUUGAUAUAAUUAACUCAACAUUAGGAAAGGCCUUAGGUGGAGCAGCAGGUGGUUAUACAACUGCAAAGAGAGAACUAAUUGAUCUUCUUCGUCAGAGAUCUAGACCUUAUCUUUUUUCUAAUUCUUUGCCUCCACCUGUUGUAUCCUGUGCUAGUAAAGUCUUUGAUAUUCUUUUAACCAGUUCAGAUCUAACAGAGAAAGUUUCAAGAAAUACAGAACUGUUUAGAUCUGAGAUGAAGAAAAGUGGAUUCAAUAUAGCUGGAGAUAAUCAUCCUAUAUGUCCUGUAAUGUUAGGAGAUGCUAAAUUAGCUUCUGUAUUUGCAGAUGAAAUGCUAGAUAAAGGAAUAUAUGUAAUAGGAUUUAGUUACCCUGUAGUUCCUAAAGGAAAAGCAAGAAUUAGAGUUCAGAUUUCUGCUGCUCAUUCUGAAGAGGAUAUUAGAAGGACAGUGCAAGCUUUUGUUGAUGUUGGAAAGAAAUUGAAAGUUUUGUAAAUUUUCUACUCAACAAUUCAGAUUGUUUUAGAUGCUAUUUUGAAACUGGACUACGAAAAGUGGUUAAUUUGUUGAGAUGCCAAUAUUGAGGUUUUGGUAAAUUUUCAAUGAAAUUACAGUCUUUUCUAUAAAACCAAUUCCAGGUCUCUAGCUAUAAUUGCUGCAUUGCAAUUUUUACAUUUUUAAUGAUGGGGAAUAAAAAUAAGUUGAAAAAUUAAAUGAAAAUUAACAAGAAUGAGUGGAAAACUAUUAAAAAAAAAUACAAGAUAGAGAAAUAUCUCAAGUUUCUAACAAGAAAAAUCAAAGUAAUAUUUUUUUUUUAUAGAGAUUACUUAGGACAAUAAAAUAGGUAGAAUACAGUAGAUCAGUUAAAUUUGACUAAUGCAUUCAUGUAUAAACUCAUUUAUAAAGUUGUUUUUUUACAUUAACCACCUUUUCUUAGUCCAGAUCACAUAUAUUUUGCUUUUUAUUUUCUGUGGUUUUCUUAAAAGAACACAAAAUUACAUUUUUAUUUGAAAUUUUUAAA